AUGGAAGAGUUCUCAAGGCUUUGCUGCUACAUCGUGGAAGACUACUACGGUUCAUUCCUUGCUCAAAUCUUUCGGCAGCUCGCUCAGCUUGGCCGCUUGUCUGUUCAGCAACUCGCCCAGAAAUGUCGUUUCCCACUUCGCCAGGUCAAGAUUGGUGUGGCCACAUUAAUACAGCUUCGCCUUGUCUAUCAUCAUACUACCUACGAAGGCUUGUCGACAUAUCAAGCGGACACCACCUAUGCCUAUAAUCUUAUGCGCACGGGCAGACUCGUCGAGCUUGUCGAUUGGAGCCUUGGGUCUUCGGCUGCGGAAAUCAUCGAAACAUUGGCUGCCAUGGGGUUCGCUACAGCACAUGAACUGGAAACCGAAGUUCUCGAGAAGACUGAUUUGACCCAGCCGAUCAGUAAAAGCCGUUUUCAAAUACUACUUAAACAGCUUGUUUCUUCCGGAUAUAUCAAGGCGGUCCGCGAAACUCACUUUCAAUCAUCAUCCGAUCGCCGCCAGGACGUCGAACGCUACCUACGCGACAAUCGUAUGAUCGUAACUGGCACAGGAAAGAAGGUAGCAGCCGAGGCCGAGGCCAAAAUCGACUCAGAGCUUGAGCGACGUGUUAAGAGCAGUAUCUCGGCAUACGAUGUAUCCCAAGAACUCAGUCGAAGCCCUACUCAGGAUAAUACAACGCUUUCCAUCGACUAUUCAAAUCUCAUCAUUCGGAUACGAAACGACAGAGUAGCUGGGAUGGCUGAGAAGGUUUUCGGCAAGGGAAUCGCACAAGUCGUACGAGCGGCAUGUUCGCAGAUUAUUGACGUCGACCCAAGAUCGUUCCCAGUACGAUUAGUUGAAAAUCCCGCGAAUGCAGUUCAACGGCUCGAUGCUGCUAAGUUAUGCUCUGAUGUAUUCCACGGCAAAGCCAACGGUGGUAGCAGGCCGAACGGCACGAACGGCCAUCACAGUAAUCAGACGAAUGGGGUCACAGGGGAAGAUCAAAUCAUCGAACAUCAUCUUGCAGUUCUCGCGGAAGGGAAUUUCGCCUUUCUCCAACAGGAGCCCAACAACCCGAAGUCCUGGUCUAUUAACAAACCGAAGUUCACCAGUUUCCUAAGGGACAAGGAGAUGUAUCGACUCAUAGGCGAGAGCCUGACAGAACCGGCUUUAAGGGUUGUCCGAAUGCUGGCUGAUAAAGGGAAACUUGAUGAGAGGGCGAUGCUGGAUAUCGGAUUGCUCAAUGCCAAAGAACUCCGGAAGUGUCUGUCAGGCCUCCAGACAAUGGGAUUCCUCGAGCUGCAAGAGGUACCGAAAGACCCACAGAGACAACCCAAAAACACCAUCUUUCUGUACUUCCACGACCCGGAAAGAGUACAGAAAGUCUUCUUGGACAAACUAUACAAAACAAUGUCACGGAUGUAUGAGCGCUUGCACCUAGAACGGGAAAAGGUUGCGUCAACACUCACCAAAGUCGAACGAUUAGAAGAAGGCACGGAACUGGAAAUACUCCCAGCCGCGGAGCUGCAAGAAUUGUACAGGUGGAGGCAAAAAGAGUCCUGGUUCACGACGGAAAUCCAUCGCAUCGAUGACUCGAUUGCCAUUCUUCGAGACAUAUGA